GACGACACUGCUGCUGGCGGGAAACCUUGGGCCAGGCUCCUGCAGUACCGGAGGGCGCUCCACAAAGUGCUACCUGAGUCUCUACUUGCGUCCGGAGCAGCGGCUUUUCUCCGGUAACUGUGGACCACGGGAAGAGCAGUGUCUCUGCUGCGUGGCGGAGGAAGCCGGAAGUGGGUGCGGCGUGAUCUUCUACUGUUAGUCUCGUAGGUACCCGCAGCAUCAUGUCGUCCCCGGCUUCUACCCCGAGCAGCCGUCGAAAUCGUCGCGGUAGAGCCACGCCCGCUCAGACGCCUCGAAGUGAGGAUGCCAGAUCAUCUCCAUCUAGGAGACGGAGAGGCGAGGAUUCUACCUCCACAGGAGAGCUGCAGCCAUUGCCCACCUCACCUGGAGCUGACCUGCAGAGCCCUGCUGCACAGGACACAAUAUUUUCCAGCCCUCCUCAGAUACAUUCUUCAGCUAUUCCCCUUGACUUUGAUGUUAGUUCACCACUGACAUAUGGCACUCCCAGCUCCCGAGUAGAGGGAACCCCAAGGAGUGGUGUUAGGGGUACACCCCUGAGGCAGAGGCCUGACCUGGGGUCUGCACGGAAGGGCCUGCAGGUGGAUUUGCAGUCGGAUGGGCCAGCAGCAGAAGAUACAGUAGCAAGUGAGCAGUCUCUAGGCCAAAAACUUGUGAUUUGGGGAACAGAUGUAAAUGUGGCAACAUGCAAAGAAAAUUUUCAGAGAUUUCUUCAGCAUUUUAUUGACCCUCUGGCUAAAGAAGAAGAAAAUAUUGGUAUAGAUAUUACUGAACCUCUAUACAUGCAACGACUUGGGGAGAUUAAUGUUAUUGGGGAGCCAUUUUUAAAUGUGAACUGUGAACACAUAAAAUCAUUUGACAAAAAUCUAUACAGACAGCUCAUCUGCUACCCACAGGAGGUUAUUCCAACUUUUGACAUGGCCGUCAAUGAAAUCUUUUUUGACUGUUACCCUGACUCAAUUUUAGAACAUCAGAUUCAAGUAAGACCAUUCAAUGCGUUGAAGACUAAGAAUAUGAGAAACCUGAAUCCAGAAGACAUUGACCAACUUAUCACCAUCAGUGGCAUGGUGAUCAGGACAUCCCAGCUGAUACCAGAGAUGCAGGAGGCCUUCUUUCAGUGCCAGGUGUGCGCCCAAACAGCCCAGGUGGAGAUUGACCGCGGCCGCAUUGCUGAGCCCUGCGUGUGUGAGCGCUGCCACACCACCCACAGCAUGGCAUUGAUCCACAACCGCUCUGUGUUCUCCGACAAGCAGAUGGUCAAACUUCAAGAGUCUCCUGAAGAUAUGCCUGCAGGUCAGACACCUCACACUGUCAUCCUUUUUGCUCACAAUGAUCUUGUUGACAAGGUUCAACCUGGGGACAGGGUGAAUGUUACAGGCAUCUAUCGAGCUGUGCCUAUUCGAGUCAAUCCAAGAGUGAGUAAUGUGAAGUCUGUCUACAAAACGCACAUUGAUGUCAUUCAUUAUCGAAAAACUGACGCAAAACGUCUGCAUGGCCUUGAUGAAGAAACAGAGCAGAAACUUUUUUCAGAGAAGCGUGUGGAAUUGCUUAAGGAACUUUCCAGAAAACCAGACAUUUAUGAGCGACUUGCUUCAGCCUUGGCACCAAGCAUUUAUGAACAUGAAGAUAUAAAGAAGGGAAUCUUGCUUCAGCUCUUUGGUGGAACAAGAAAGGAUUUUAGUCACACAGGAAGGGGCAAGUUUCGUGCGGAGAUCAACAUUUUGCUAUGUGGUGACCCUGGGACCAGCAAGUCUCAGCUGUUGCAGUAUGUGUACAACCUGGUGCCCAGGGGCCAGUACACAUCGGGAAAGGGCUCCAGUGCAGUCGGUCUCACUGCCUAUGUAAUGAAAGACCCUGAGACAAGGCAGCUCGUCCUGCAGACUGGUGCCCUUGUCCUCAGUGACAAUGGUAUCUGCUGUAUUGAUGAGUUUGACAAGAUGAAUGAAAGUACAAGAUCAGUACUGCAUGAAGUCAUGGAACAGCAGACUCUUUCUAUUGCAAAGGCUGGGAUUAUUUGUCAGCUUAAUGCACGCACCUCUGUCUUGGCAGCAGCAAAUCCUAUUGAAUCUCAAUGGAAUCCUAAAAAAACUACCAUUGAAAAUAUCCAGCUACCACACACGUUAUUAUCAAGGUUUGAUUUGAUCUUCCUCAUGCUGGACCCUCAGGAUGAAGCCUAUGACAGGCGUCUGGCUCACCACCUUGUUGCUCUUUACUACCAGAGUGAGGAGCAAGUAGAGGAGGAGUUCAUGGACAUGGCAGUGCUAAAGGACUACAUUGCUUAUGCUCACAGCAUGGUCAUGCCUCGGCUGAGCCAGGAAGCUAGCCAAGCUCUCAUUGAGGCUUAUGUAGACAUGAGAAAGAUUGGCAGUAGCCGAGGAAUGGUUUCUGCAUACCCUCGACAGCUGGAAUCUUUGAUUCGCUUAGCAGAAGCCCAUGCUAAAGUACGGUUUUCAAACAAAGUUGAAGCAAUUGAUGUCGAAGAGGCGAAACGUUUGCAUCGGGAGGCCCUAAAGCAGUCUGCCACUGAUCCCCGGACUGGCAUUGUGGACAUAUCUAUUCUUACUACAGGAAUGAGUGCAACAUCUCGCAAACGGAAAGAAGAGUUAGCUGAAGCAUUGAGAAAACUUAUUUUAUCUAAAGGUAAAACACCAGCUCUAAAAUACCAGCAACUUUUUGAAGAUAUCCGUGGACAAUCUGAUAUAGCAAUUACCAAAGAUAUGUUUGAAGAAGCAUUGCAUGCCUUGGCUGAUGAUGACUUCUUGACAGUAACUGGAAAAACUGUUCGCUUACUCUGAAGUUAAUGUGAGCAGUGCUGUGUGUUCUGCUUGUCUGUACUGUCAUUUGGCUCCAUAGAAUUUUCUAACCUCGGUUUGAUUUUUGUAGUGAAAUCUGUGCUUUCAUUUUUUUUAGCAUUUUCAGUAAAAAGUCUCUGCCAGUUUACAUACAGUAGAUACUAUUUUUCUGAAGUGAUAGUUCUUUCAGUACCAAAACUUUACUUUGUAUUUACAUUCAGAUAAGAGGAUAUCAGUCUUUUUUUUUUUUUUUUCUUAAUCCUCACCUGAGGAUUUUUCAGCGUUUUUGUUUUGUUUUGUUUUUGAGAGAGAGACACACACACACACACAUUAAUCGGUAGCCUCCCGUACAUACCCCAACUGGAGAUCAAACUCACAGCCUAAAUAUGUGCCCUGACCAGGAACAGAACUGUAACCUUCUGGUGUAUGGGAUGAUGCUUCAACCAACUGAAGGCACCUGGCCAGGGCAGUAUAUUACUCUUGAAGAUAGCAGUCUAGAUCAUGGUAUUUGUGCUAGACAUUCUAAUAUCAAUCAUUCUUAUGCUUGACGUGUUUGCAGCAUGAGAUAAGACUUUUAGCCAGUGCGUAUCAUUCCGAAUGAAGUAAUAAAAGAUCAUACCCUUUCUUUUCUCCUAACAGCUUUCAAGUGUAAUUACUUCUAGCGGCUUGUUCUUAUGGCUGUCAUAAGUUCAAAAAUGGAUGGUUGAAAAGGAUUAGGUUCUAGGUUAACUUUUACUACUCUAUUCUAGUGUGUAAAACUUUCUACUAAAUAAAUGAUAGAUGAAAUAAUA